AUGGAUCGAGGCAUGAUGAUCGAGCCUCGAUCCAUUUCGACGUUUGCGAUCUUGGGCCGUUUUUUGAAGCUGCCACAGCUGGCGAGUCAAGGCUGGGAUCUGCCGUUCCAAGCAGAACGCCAGUCCACAGCCGUCUGCUUUGACAAGAACCUGCCACGACUCAUGGUAUGA